AUGGCGUAUAAUGCUAAGGGAAGAAUCUUAAAACGUAUUCGUUCCCUGGUGCCUCGCCAAACCCUACUGAAAAUGUAUGAUGCUUUAGUCGCUCCUUAUUUUGAUUAUUGCUCCGAAGUCUUGGGGAUGUAUGGUAAAAGGCCUGUGUGACCGACUCCAGAGAUUGCAAAAUAAGGCUGGGAGAAUUAUAACAUUUAGUGAUUAUAAUACAAGAUCUGCGGAUAUCCUCCAAGACUUGAGAUGGGAUACCCUUGAGCAAAGACGCUCUAAACAGCUCGCAAUAAGUGUUUUUAAAUCUCUAAAUAACCUUUACCUUGAGAGUUUAAAGAACAUGUUUAAACCAACCUCUGGGGUUCAUUCCUAC